UUAAAAAAAAUCUCACUUGCAGUAACGGAUCUGUUAAAAUUGGCCUGCUCCAGUGCGAUGCCAGGGGGAGGGACCAACCUAGAACUAGCUGUCCAUUGCCUGCAUGAAGCCCAAGGAAACAUUCUGGACGCGCUGGAGAUGCUGUUACUCCAAGGACCACAGAAGCCUCCCUUUCAUCCUCUUGCUAACUAUCAUUACUCAGGUUCACAUCUGUGGACUCCUGCAGAGAAGCAGUUGUUCAAGAAGGCUUUUGGCUUGCACAAAAAGGAUUUUUACCUCAUUCAGAAGAAGAUACAAACUAAGACUGUUUCCCAGUGUGUUGAAUACUACUAUAGCUGGAAAAAAAUACUAAAAUUUGACACCAGUCGAGCACAGUUAGUAGAAAAGAGGCCCAAGAGAGAGCAGGAUGAGGUAGAAAUGGAUGAAGAAAAGGAAAGGUAACAUUCACCGCAGCAAACUCUCCUGGGGACAACGGCUUUUCCUUACCAGCUUCCUCACGCAUCUGUUGAAAUAGAUGCUUGUCUACGAAAGCUCAUGCGGCAAUAAAUGUAUUGGUAUUUAAGGUGUCCUGGGACUCUGUUGUUUUUACUACGAAAGACUAACGUGUCUGGCUCUUUUUUAGGGCGUGGAGGAGAAGCUCACGUUUCCAUAGCUGUAGAUGCCCUCCGCAUCAUUCAUGUGCCCUUUUCUUUUUUUAAGUGGUGGGGGUGGAGUUCUGAUGGGGGCAGUGACAUAUAUCGGGCAGGUGAACCUAUCACAGCUCAGCACAGAAUCGCUGCACCCUUUGCAAUGGCUGCCGUUUGAUCAUCUUGUGUCUCUUUUAAAAUCGGUCUUUUGAUCAGCACUAUCGCACUCUUUUUGCUAUAAUUAAAAAAAAGAAGUGAAAUACCUCUUAAAUGAAAUAGCAUUUUAGCAUUAUAACGCUAUGUUUAAAACAGUGCUGAAAAACCAAAAUCUCUUUUCUGGUCACAGGAGUGACCAGAAAGGUGUUUUGUUUUGAAUCGCUGUUUUAUUAGCAGCUUUGCAUCACAGCACAAAUAACCUUUUUUUAAAGAAAACACUUUAACAAAAUGGAAAACGGAAACUUUUCCAGCUAACUUUAACUACCUUGUUAACAUGGCAAUGACUAGAAAGGGUUCUUUUUCUUUCCCCAUUAAAAUAAAAUGCAUCAUUGUGCAUUCAUUCAAACAUUUAUACCUUGAUCUUCUGAUGGAAAAGCUCCCAGAGCGGUUUACAAAUCAGUAAAAUUAACACUAUCUCUGCCAGAUUAGGCAAGAUUCUGGCUAAACACUUUGGAGCUGGGUAUCAGCAGUAAACCAUCUUGCAGUAUUUUUUCAUUUGUACUUACUGAUGGAGAUUCAGAUAACUUAGGAUGUCUGUAAUCUCUACUUGAAGGAUCAUUUUGACAUUUCAUUUUAAAUUCAUUACCUUUGCUACCUUCUUAAGAGAGCAACAUCUGAUAUUUUUGACACUGAUUUUGAAAUAUUACUUCCUUGACGUUAAGUUUUUCAAAUACUGUGAAGUCCAUGUUGAUAGUUUCCUUCUCUGUGAUGUUUAAAUCAGGUUACUUCUAACUUGGAAAUACCAGUACCCUAUAGGGGAGUUAGAAUUCAUCCCCCCCCCCUUCAUUUCAGUUUCUUAUUUUUGUGUCCUGCCCUGGGAUCCCUUUGUGAAGAAAGGCAAGUUAGAAAUACCUGAAAAUAAAUAACGCUCUUUCAUUUAGGUGGUAUUUC